UGUUAACCCGAUGCCAAUAAGAUGCCAAUCCGAUUCUGAUGUCAACUUUACCCUGCUACAAAAUGGCGGCGUCCACGAGAGGGACAACAUUGCUUUCAGUUUGUACAAGGUGUUUCUUACAGCGUAGAUAUUUAAGUGUUAACUGCUCACUAUUUGCUGGAGGCAAGUGGAGAGAAAGGCAUGGUUUAGCAAGGAAUCCAACCCAUGAUUAUGGUCCACUAGUAGAUCUUCCUGAUUGGACGUAUGAAGAUGGAAGACCCGCACCACAGACUGAACGUCAACGUUAUAAUCUAGAGAGAAGAAGGAAAAUAGCGGAACGAAUUGAUGUCUUUGCAAGGGAACUUGUUCAAGCUAAAAAAGAACAUGCGGCAAAACAAGAAGAAAUUCAAAUCACAGAAGAAAAUGUGAAGAAGAGUCGGCUACGACCCAAGGGAACACCAUGGAAAACAAAGAAAGAUACAGCAGAAAUGAGCUAAUAAUAAAUAUCAGAUUUACAUAUUCAUA